AUGUCUAAAGUGCUUCAUACCCCUAGCGAAUCCACUAUACUUUCGACUUGGUCGUCAACUUCAUCAAUCAGCACGUUAUCAUCGGUUGCUGAUUCAUCUACUGCUUUCAAUUUCCCCAAACCACCUCAAUUACAAUCAAGUAUGUUGAGAACAGGUUCAAUUAAUGAGUUGCUUACCGACAGCCCCUUUGCAAGGGAGCAAAAGAUUGCUGAAUUGGUUCGUAACUCUGAUAUCGGCUCAACAACAACAUCUGGGAAGCCGCAAGUUGUCUUUAUUCACAAAUUGUAUGACAUGUUGAGCAAUGACUCUAUUUCUCAUUUGAUAAAAUGGGCACCAGACGCAAGCUCGUUUUAUGUUUUCCCUGGUGAAAAGUUUUGCAAAGUUCUUGCUCAAUAUUUUAAGCACACAAAUGUAUCCUCAUUUAUCAGGCAAUUGAACAUGUAUGGGUUUCACAAGGUUAGUGAUGGCACCUCAACUGGUUCUUCUGAUAACAAAGAUUCUUCAAGGUGGGAAUUUCGUCAUUCACAAAAUCAUUUCAGAAAGGGAGAUAUCGAAUCGUUAAAACACAUAAAAAGAAGAAGUUCCAAAACUGUCAAUGUACAUAAAGAAGUUGUUGAUUUGAAAUCAAUUCCCCAUCCUGGUGAAUAUCCGGCAAGAAAUCCCGAGAAUGUGACACCUCAAUUCAAUUCACAAUACACAACACCUAGUCCAUCACAACCUUCAAGAAAUGGAUAUCCCUUGUACCCAUACCAACCAACUCAAACUCUACUGUACCCUACUGAGGGGCCAGUAUUGCCACCAACAUUACACUUACAAACUCAACAAGUUGACAGACUGGCUCCAAAGUUGAAAUCACCAUUGACCCCGAGACAACCGCCUAUGAACUCACAAAUUUUUAACCCAAGGGGGCCAGAAUCUACCUUGCCAUUACCACAUGCACUUCAAGGUACUCCAGCAGAUUAUAUCCAUCAACGGCCACCAAUCACCACUCAGUUUUCAUUUGAACGUAAGGCUACGGAAACCACAGAGACGGUAACUGAUGAAACCGAAUUUUGGAAGAGGAAAUAUUUUGAAGUGUCUGCUGAUUUCGACACGUUGGUUGACAUUGUUGAAAAAGGUACAGAAUUCGAUGCCGAAUAUCAAAAGUUUAAAGAGUCAAGGACCGCGAGACAAUUAUUGCAUAAGGUACCCAGCGAUCCUAUUGCCGCUCCACAAGCUGACAAAGCAUCGUCGUUGUCCACGUAUUACCCACAGUACAAACCCAAAUUCAACCCAUCUAUGAUUAGACAACGAGCAGAUUCAAAGUCGUAUAGUCCAUUGGGUACAACAAUAGCUCACAGGGAAUACUAUCUACAUAAACAUCAACAACAAGUAUCAUUGGACUCGAGAAUACCGUCUCUUGUAUUGACAGAGACACAACGAACAAAUUCACUACCAGGUGAAAUACAAGAACCAUGCACUCUAUCGCCAAACGUCAAAUCACCAUGCAGGAAAAGAAACUCUGAUCCAUUAAUUAGUGGUGCUCCAAGACUACCCAGUGUGAAUGAAUUGACAAUGAAUUUGUUUAAUCCCAGCUCAAACUUCAAACGCAAACGUUCGGAAUAA